UUUAACUUUGACAUAUUAUGCCAACAAACAGAGUUCUUUCUUAUCUUUCAUCUCUUUUCUGCCAUUUCCAACCAUGUCUUCAGACAUGCCGUUCCCUUCCAAAAGACAAAAAACAUCGCCGGAUAAAACCUCUGACUUCUUCGAAUCUUUGCCGGACGAUCUUCUCCUCUCUAUCCUCUGCAAGCUCAGUGCCACAGCAUCUUCACCCUCAGAUUUUAUCAAUGUCUUAGUAACGUGCAAGAGACUAAACUCUCUAGGCCUUCACUCUCUCGUGUUAUCAAAAGCAUCCCACAAAACAUUCUCAGUCAAACCCCAAAAUUGGUGUGAUUCUGUUCACCGUUUCCUCAAACACUGUGCCGAUGCCGGAAACAUCGAAGCCUCUUACACUCUCGGCAUGAUUCGGUUUUAUUGUCUGCAAAACAGAGGGAGUGGCGCGUCGCUCAUGGCGAAGGCGGCUAUGAAUUCUCACGCGCCGGCGCUGUAUUCUCUUGCGGUGAUACAGUUCAACGGAAGCGGCGGUACAAAAAACGACAAGGACCUUCGUGCCGGAGUGGCCCUCUGCGCACGCGCGGCUUUUCUCGGUCACAUCGACGCGCUGCGAGAGCUGGGUCAUUGUUUGCAAGACGGUUACGGCGUUAAGCAGAACGUAGCGGAAGGUCGACGUUUUUUGUUGCAAGCCAACGCGCGUGAACUCGCCGCCGUGCUCUCCGGCUCGAGCAAUAAGCGUCCAUGGGUGAUUCCGUGGAACCUCCCAGUACCGCACCCUCGACUCCGUUUUGGGACCGGGACGGGUUGUCCACUGUUGAGUGAUUACGGUUGCAACGUGCCGGCGUCGGAGACUCAUCCGGCGAGUAAGUUUUUGUCGGAGUGGUUUGAAAUUCGGAGCGGGUCACUGGGUCCGGGUAUGAGACUGUGUUCACAUUCGGGUUGCGGACGACCCGAGACUAGGAGGCACGAGUUCCGGAGGUGUUCAGUUUGCGGCGUGGUGAAUUAUUGCUCGCGCGCGUGUCAGGCGCUUGAUUGGAAAUUCCGGCACAAGGCAGAAUGUGCUCCCGUUGAGAGGUGGCUCAAUGACGACGGGGAAGAAGUCGCCGGCGAGGACGGCGGCGGCGACGCCGUAAUGAUGGCAAAUAGUUAGAUUAAAUUAAACGUUAGGACAAAGCCUGUCUGGAAGUUUGAAUGAAGGGGUAAGAAUCUAUUUUUUUCAUUUGGGGUGAAAUGGGAAGAAAAAAAAAACUCUCAUUUAUUACCUUGGAUAUGCAAAAUGCAAACUUCAAUGACAGAGUUUUACUUCCUUUCACUUUUAA